AUGCAUUUUCGAAAGCUCUCUGCAAUUGCAGCUCUUGCUGCCGGCGCAUCCGCCUGCCAGCGUGAUCUGGUCAUGCACAAACGCCAUACCCAUCGCCAGCCUCUCACCAAGCGCAGCGACACCAACUGGCCCCCAGUCCUGACCGACCAGGAAACUAUUCUUGUCAAUGCCUUCGAUAACUCCUCUAUUGAUGAGUGGUCUGACUACUACGGUCACCAGAACAAGCUAGCUGGUGAAGGUAAAGAGGCUGCUCAAUGGACCGCGGAUCAAUGGAGCGAGAACGGCUUCGAGUCGCAUCUCGCUGAAUACCAUGUCUUCCUCAGAUAUCCCGUCUCUUCAUCUCUUCACGUUUCGGGGCCCAAUGGCACAAAGAACGAGAUCAACAUUCGGGAAGAGGAGCUUCCUGAGGAUGAUGUGACGAACCGCACUGAGAUCUCUCAGCAGACCUUCCUGGCUUAUGCGCCUGGAGGCAGUGCUUCUGCCGAAUACGUCUAUGCUGGUCGCGGCUCAAUUGAUGAUUUCGACCGACUUGUUGAACUAGGUGUCGAAAUUGAGGGCAAGAUCGCUCUUAUCAAGUACGGCGGUCUGUUCCGUGGUCUAAAGGUUAAGAACGCCCAGGACCAUGGUGCCAUUGGCGCUGUCAUCUUCCUCGAUCCCGGUGAUGAUGGAAACAUGACCGUUGCCAAGGGUGUGGAGGCUUAUCCCGAUGGCCCUGCCAGGAACCCCAGUGCUGUCCAAAAGGGCUCUACACUCUUCCUUUCCACUCGGACUGGAGAUCCCACGACACCCGGAUACCCCUCCAAGGAGGACUCCCCUCGAGCGGAUAUCUCUGAGGUCAUCGCCAAGAUCCCAGCCAUUCCCAUUUCAUACUCCGCCGCUGAGCCUCUGCUGAAGGCUCUCAACGGCCACGGUGUUUCAGCUGAUGAAGUCAACCGCACUUCUUGGUCUGGUGGUCUCGAUGCUGAUUACAGCUCUGGACCUGCUCCUGGUGUCAAGCUUCAUCUUCAAACUGAGACUCGCGACCUGAUUGCGCCUGUGCACAACGUUAUUGGUGUCAUCAACGGAACCAACGCUGAUGAGACAGUCAUUAUUGGUAACCAUCGCGACACCUGGAUGGUCGGCGGUAACGGUGACCCCAACUCUGGAUCAGCCAUCCUCAUCGAGCUUUCUCGCGCUUUCAAGAAGCUCACAGACUCUGGCUGGAAGCCCAAGCGUAACAUCGUCCUCGCUUCCUGGGACGCUGAAGAAUGGGGCAUCAUCGGCUCUACCGAGUGGGUUGAGGAGCACGUCAACUGGCUCACUGACACAGCCGUCACCUACCUCAACAUUGAUGUCGCUGUCAGCGGUCCUCGACCCAACCUCGGUGCCUCACCCGAACUUAGCACCUUUGCUACUGAGACCAUGAAGAAGAUCAUUCACCCCAACUUCGGUGGCUUCAACAAGUCUCUUUAUGAUGCUUGGCAUGAUGCCAGUGACGGUGAAAUUGAAGUCCUGGGUUCCGGUUCUGACUACACUGCCUUCUUCCACCGUGGUAUUAGCUCUCUCGAUACUGGAAGCAGUGGCGGUGCUAAUGAUCCCAUCUGGCACUACCACUCCAACUACGAUACCUACAACUGGAUGUCGAACUUUGGUGACCCAGGUUUUCACCUCCAUACCUCACAGGGACAAUACCUCUCUCUUCUCGCCUACCACUUGGCCAGCGAUGAUAUCCUCCCAUUCGACACCCAGAACUACGCCAAGGAGCUUCGCGCAUACUACGAGGAUCUCGUAGAGUACGUCGAGGGUGAAGAUGCUGACCUUGACCUUGAAGAGCUCGACGAAGCUAUUGAGACUUUCAAGGAAGCCGCCGAUGAAGUCAAGGCUCUUGAGGAGAAGGCUAGAGACUCAGACGAUGAGGAUCUCAAGAAGGUCGUUAACCACAAGUACCGUGACUUCCAGCGUGGAUUCAUCUCCCAAGACGGUCUUCCUGACCGUGACUUCUACAAGCAUGUCGUCAACGCCCCUGGUCUCGACACUGGUUAUGCCGCUGUUACCUUCCCUGGUAUCACUGAGGGUGUCCAGUAUGCCAAGGAUGGUAACUUUACCAUUGCUCAAGAGUGGGUGGGCAAGACUGCUCGUGGUAUUGUUGUUGCUGCGAACAUUCUCAAGACAUAG